AAUGGAGACAAAGGUUGUGUGAUGUGUUGAAUCAGUCAGCUGUAGUUUUUAGUGAAUGGCUUGAUAUAAGGUUUGAUUUUAGAACUGUUGUAAACAAUAUACAUGUGGGAUCAUGUUAAAUGGGUGUGGAUAUAUCGUCUUCCUGCUUUUUCUGGUUCCAUGCAUCGAAAGUGCUACAAGACUGAAUGAGUACAUCCGGCAUUAUGAAGAGCUGACAUAUGACCAUGAUGAUGUGCACCGAAGUCACAUUCGAGCACGGCGUUCUGUCACACGAGACAACGCCGUUCACUUACGGUUCACUUCUCAUGGUCGCUCAUUCAAUAUUCGUCUGAAGAGGGACUUAUCUACAUUCAGCAAUAAUUUGGUUGUGGUUGGACCAUCUGGCCAGAAGGAGGAUCUCGAGACAUCGCAUAUAUAUCAUGGUCACAUAAUUGGAGAAGCAGGGAGCUAUGUUUUUGGUUCUAUAAUUGAUGGAGUAUUUGAGGGAAAAAUUGUAUCACCACAGGGUUCUUACUAUGUGGAGAAAGUUCACCAUUAUUUUCCAAAGGAUUCUAAUAAAACUUUCCACUCGGUGAUAUAUUCCGAGGGUGACAUUGAGGACCCAUAUGAACAUUUAAGAACUGGUCAUGUAGGUGGCUGUGGUAUCAGUGAUGAUACUGUACAGUGGAUGGAUCACAUUCAGAAUUCCAUGGAAGAUGAGCCCACACCUCCAGAACCUACCCAAGAGCACACAAAUUCUCAGGCAUUUGUUCCACCUACACUGGAGCCCCAUCCACCUCACAACAAAUACAGUCGUGAAGUUAAUGAGGGCAGCAGUAGUCAUCAUAGAAAUAAGCGUGCUACUAAACCCAGGGAAGAAAAUAAGAACACAUGUUCACUGUUCAUACAGACUGAUCCUUUAAUAUGGAGACACAUUUCAGAACAGGUGAACAAUGAUCCGGAGAAGACACGGGAAGAAAUCUUAUCACUGAUAGCUCAUCACGUUACUGCUGUCAACUAUAUAUAUCGGGACACAAAGUUUGAUGGCCGUGUUGAACACCGCAACAUUAAGUUUGAAGUUCAGAGGAUAAAGAUUGAUGAUGAUUCACCAUGCCGGAACCCAUAUCAUGGGGAGCCAAACCCAUUCUGCCAUGAGAACAUAGAUGUAAGCAACUUUCUGAAUCUUCACUCCUUGGGGAACCAUGAGGACUUCUGCCUAGCUUAUGUGUUCACAUACAGAGAUUUCACUGGAGGCACACUGGGCCUUGCGUGGGUUGCUUCUGCCUCAGGAGCCUCGGGAGGCAUAUGUGAGAAGUACAAAACUUACACUGAGACAGUGGGCGGUAUGUACCAGUCCACUAAGCGUAGUCUGAACACUGGUAUUAUCACAUUUGUAAACUACAACAGUCGUGUCCCACCAAAGGUGUCACAGUUAACACUGGCACAUGAAAUAGGCCACAAUUUCGGAUCACCGCAUGACUACCCACAAGAAUGUCGACCUGGUGGCUCAAAUGGCAACUUUAUAAUGUUUGCAUCAGCUACAAGUGGUGAUCGCCCCAACAACAGCAAAUUUUCAAGUUGUAGUAUUGGAAAUAUUAGCAAUGUGCUGGAUGCCAUUGAAGACAACAAAAAGAGGAACUGCUUUACAGUAUCUGAAGGAGCAUUCUGUGGCAACAAGAUAGUUGAGGCAGGUGAGGAGUGUGACUGUGGCUAUGAUGAAGAAGAAUGCACGGACAAAUGCUGUUACCCUCGUCUACUCAGUGAGAAAGAUAGGCCCCGUAACAGUACUGCCAGCAGCUGUACUAGAAAAGCUAAUGCACAGUGCAGUCCAAGUGAAGGUCCAUGCUGCUCCAGUGAGACAUGUAGCUUUGUGUUAGAAUCCUCUCAUGUCCAAUGCAAGGCAGAGUCAGAUUGUAGCUGGAGUUCAACAUGCAAUGGCCGCACACCUGAGUGCCCACAGCCAGCUGCCAAAAAGAACAAGACUCGUUGUAAUGAGGGAACACAGUUAUGUAUCAAUGGAGAAUGCACUGGCUCGAUCUGUCUAGAGUGGAAUCUUACAGAAUGUUUUUUAACCAGCCACAUUAUACCAAAUAUUGACAAACGAAAGCUUUGUGAGUUGGCAUGUCAGAAUGGAACAGAUCCAGGUACUUGCAGAAGUACGAGCGAGUUUGCUCAUGUUGUUGGACUACCUCCAGGAGGCAUUAGUCUCCGACCAGGAUCACCUUGUGACAACUUCCAGGGAUACUGUGAUGUCUUCUAUAAGUGUAGAGCAGUGGAUGCUGAAGGCCCUCUGGCUCGACUCAAGAAUCUUCUUUUUAACAAGGAUACCCUGCUUACUGUUGCACAGUGGAUUACGGAAUAUUGGUGGGCAGUUCUGUUGAUGGGUAUUGCAUUCAUCAUAUUCAUGGGUCUUUUCAUAAAAUGCUGUGCUGUUCAUACACCUUCAUCAAAUCCAAAGAAGCCUCCUGCAAGAAGAUUCAGUGAAACAUUACGUCGACCAAUAAAUACAUUCAGGAGAAUGCGUGCACCACAUGGGGGUGGUGGUGGUGGCGGCCAUUCUGCUGGGGGAGUGGGGAGACCAGGUCCCACAAGAGGCCCAGCACAUGGCUAUGGUGAAGGAAGGGGUCAGUAUUAUGCACCCAAAGCAUCUGCUCCAGCAGCUAGUUACAGUCGUACAAAUCAUCCAGAGCUAUACGCAGGAGCAUAUGGUGGUCGGAAUGCUUAUGAAAUGCGACAUCAUAAGGUCUGACAACAGUGUAGAGAUGAUUGUUCAUCACCAUCAAUAUAUCAUGGAGACAGAGGACCACGGAGAUUGUCACGACCUGUCAUUUUGUCAGAUGUUAAGCGCAGAAAAGGAAGCAGUGCAGGUUUCCUUGCCAGAUUUCCACCAGCAGAUGCAGGAAGCAGGAAGGUGACCAAAAGAUUACACCAGGCUUCACCUACAAGCUUGGUUCAGCUGCGUCCUCUUGUGUUGAUUCCUCGUUCCCCACGUCAGGUGGCAGCUACACUGGCCAUGUUCUGAGAAACAGUUUUAACUAAGUAGCUUCAGAAGCAAACAAGACAGGACUAAUAAAAUUAUUAUUUAUCAUAAAUAGUCAUUUGUAAGUGUAGAGAUUAAUAUCUCUUUGUGAUCUGUGACCAAAAAUGAACAUACCCUUGAAGUAAUGGACAUAGCAUUGAAAAGCAGUUGCGAUAGUGUUCUGGGGUGCUUGACAUUCAAAUCUCAUUGGUGGAUAUUAACUCAGCCAUUUUCUCUUAAAUAUUUAAGUUACUAAGUUUAUCAGUAUUUGCAGGAUCUUGCAUAAAGAACAAAGAAUAUUCGCUCAGUUGAAGAUGAUGUUUUAUAUCAACAUUUAUCUUUGGGAGCUAAUUUUGUGUAUGAACAAUCAUUAAUGAAAUCCUAAUGUGUUUUUUAAAACAAUUUUAAGUUUUAUAUAAGUGUUAAUUUUUAAGACCUUGUCAGUCAUUACCAAGUGAGAAGUAAUUUGUGAAGAAGUAUCAUUAGAACAUAUAGACUUAGACAAAAUACAUUUAACUCCAUUUUGAAACAUUUCAGAGGUGUUAACAUCAUCAGAUUUUUAUUCUUACAUUUCUGUUGGUUCUGAGUGGGAAUUUCUUGCCUAAUAAGGUAUGAAUAUGGCAGUUUAUUAUUUUGCACUAAGUCUAAACUGUUAUCACUGUGAAUAUAAUUCUAGUUUUGCAGUUACUGAUAAUCUCCACAUACAGUAUUGGAAUUGUGGAUAAUAUUUCUAUGUUUAAUUUGUCUAUCUCACUCUUUGUUGGUAUUCAGAUGAAUGCAUUGAUAUGAUUCUGUUACACUCCACUUUAUAGUAAACCUGAUAAAAAUAUCUUACACAUAUGAAUGCAUCUCUUUAUUUCUGUUUCCUGUCAAAAAUGUUAUCUUUUCAUGAUGGUUUUGCUUUAUUAGCUAAAUUAAUUCUUUAAUAGAAUGACAAUCAUAUGGACAAACUUUGAUCUCUUGCCAGGUAAAAGAAAGGGCAUUGUAACUGAAUAGCUGCAUCAGAGAAUGUAGUGUGUCCAGAAACACUUCUAUUUGCUGGCAGUGAAGAAUGCGUGAUCUUUUUAAGAAUUUAUAAUGUAAGAUUUGUGGAGAUUUGCUCAUUUUUAUUUGGAUGUUAGUGUUGGUAAUUAUUUUAAGGAACUUUCACAUAUCAUAUAUUUCUUUUUAACUGCAAAGAGGGAUAUCUCAUUAAGGUGACUUAUACAAGUAUUGUACAUAAAAUAGCUGAAAUAGGAUAAACACACAGCUGAAAGGAACCCACAGUUACCCACAGUAGUACUCGUUACAUGCAUUUUAUACAGUAUGACACAUAUACAAUGGAACACAUUUCAGCUUUUAUUGCAUCUUGUAUUGUAAUAGGUAAUGAGUGUCCCUCAUUCUUAUCUGAACAUGCACAGAUCAUUUCCACUUGAUUUCCUGAAAUCAUGACCAAAACUUGAGAUAAAAUGCCUCUUGCUGCAUAUGUGAUACUUAUUUUCAUCUGCACAGUGCUUAUGGGGAUAUUCUCAUGUUCAGCUCCACAGAAAAACAUUGAAUGUUGAGAGGUCUGGCGAGCUAGGUGGUCAGAAUUCUAGAUAUAUAAAUCAUUCUACAUGAGUAGUGGCAUUAGUUUGUUGAAAGUAUCUUUGGUUCAGUUCGUCUUAAAGCUGUUGAAUUAUUAGUUCAAAAAUUAAGCCUACAUGAUGUUUUGAGUUUACUGUAUUAUAAAAGAAUAUCAUAUAGUUUCUAAAUAUUACACACCUGACACUGAUUUUUUUUUU